AAUGAACUGUAAUGUUUGGCUUCCAUGUUCUUCAUUUCUGUGUGCCACUAGUGAGUGAGCUGCAUAUUAACAGUACUGUGUUGAAAGCUUAGCUCUACAGAAAGCAAGUCUUCCAAGAGAGAUUGAGACACUUCCUGCUGUUAGCAAAAGUGGUUUGUGCCACUGUUAACUGUAUCAAUGUUCUUGGGACAGGAAGAGUAAAUGCAAACACAUGACUUAGAGGUGUGUCAACUAGCUGAGCAAAGACCAAGUUGGAGCCCCAGACUCUCCAAUACAGUUGAGACAGUGACAGAGGUGUGGCACUCAGGGAAGGUAUAGUUUGUUGUGUGAACUAUGUUGGAGACAGCCCCUCUACUGCAGAAGUUUCUUGGAGUGCAGCCCAGAGCUUUUGGGGCCGUGUUGGUGGUGCUGGGACUACUUCAUGUUGCCUUUGGGAUCCUGUUUCUCCCUUCUGAAUGUUCUUACACAGAUGGUGUUGGCAUCCACUUCUUCUCUGGGAUCCUGCUUUUCCUGGCAGGAGUCGUUGCGGUUAUUGCUGACAGGCACCCUAGCAUUGGCAUGGUGAAAGCUUGUCUGGUAUUCCAAAUUAUGGCAGCAGCAGUUGCAGUUGUGAUCAACUUUCUCUAUGUGAGAGAUAUCCUUUAUUAUAUGUGGAACAUCUGCACUCUCUCUGAUGAGAUCAAUGGCUGCCGUGUGAGGGACCAGAUUCUGCGCUACUGCACAGGGAUACGAGGAAUUGCUUUCUUGACUGGGACUUUGGGCAUCUGCCUCACUAUUUCUCUAGCUGCAUUUGCAUGCAGAACUGUCUGUUAUUGACGCUCUGAAGACACUCAGGUAAUCACAGAAAAUAUAACCACACAUGAGACUGUUCAAUAUCAUGAAACCAGUAAGCUAUUCUCUCCUGCCCCACCCCCCAAUAUCUUUCAUCACUACUCAAAAUAAUGGAGGAUGUUUGCUUCAGCCAUAUGUCAACACAGAUAUUAUCUCCAGGGGAAAGUGUUUGUUACUAUUAGUGAUGUCAGCUUUUGAAUUAGUCUCUCUAGAACAGUUGAGAAAGUACAAAACUAUGCUGAGUUCAAGGCAACUGGAUAUAUGUAUGAGGAGCAUAUGAGUUUUUAAUUACUCAUAGCUAAUUGGAGAAAGGUUUUUUCCUCCCAGUAUUAUCUAGAAUUGAAACUGUAACUUGGAUGUGUGCAAAUAGUUGGAGUCUUGCCGUGCUCUGAAAUAUUAUUUUUGAAAUCUUGUCAAAGCUUCAAGUGAAAUGAGGGAAUAUAAAGUAUGACCUCGUUGCUGUGCUGCUGUGUGAUAAAAUUCAUCUGGAAUUGGAACACUAUAUGGUUUCCUCAGGAGACGUUGAACCGAGGAUUCCUUUGAUAUUGAAGGACUAUUCAUGAAAUAUAAAAGGACUCUGUUCUAGACAAUA